UUGAUCACGCGCCUGCCGGCUCUUCCGGGGCCUGGGAGCCAACCGAGGGCGUUCCUGUCCGGGCUGCAGCGGCGGGAGGGAGCCCGGUGGAGGCGCCCUCCCGAGGCCCCACUGCUCAUGCUGACGACCCAGCCCUCCGGCUGCUGAUGUCAUGAGUAACACUACAGUGCCCAAUGCCCCCCAGGCCAACAGCGACUCCAUGGUGGGCUACGUGUUGGGGCCUUUUUUCCUCAUCACCCUGGUCGGGGUGGUGGUGGUUGUGGUAAUGUAUGUCCAGAAGAAAAAGCGAGUGGACCGGCUUCGCCAUCACCUGCUCCCCAUGUACAGCUACGACCCCGCAGAGGAGCUGCAUGAGGCUGAGCAGGAGCUGCUCUCGGAUGUGGGGGACCCCAAGGUGGUACACGGCUGGCAGAGUGGCUACCAGCACAAGCGGAUGCCCCUGCUGGACGUCAAGACCUGACCUCACCCCCACCCCCCUGCUCUCCAGAACCAUGGCACUUGGGAGUGCUCCGGGGGCCUGCGGUGUCCUUCCCCACUUGCACUCACCCAGCUCCCCCUGCUGGGAACUGGGUCUCCUCUCAUCCAUCCAGGCUGCACCUCGCUUCCCCUGCCCAGACCUUCAAUCCUUGGUGGGCUGAGCCUUCCACCCACUCCCCCCCACCAGGCUAAUCCAAGUUUUUCCUGCCUGGUUGGAAGGGUGGUUGGGAGACUUUUUUCCUAGGCCCCACCUUUCUCUUGAGCCCUCCCCAACCUGGCUUUGGAUUUGUUUCCAUGGUGACAGGGCCUAAUGUAUAGUAUUCAGUAUAUAUAUUUUGUAAAUAAACUGUUUUGUGGCUA